UUAUUAUUCAGUGCCACUCUCAUCUAAUUAACUCCAUAUAUAUCUUACAAUCAUUCAUCACUUCCCCAUUUUCUCAAUUAUUCAACAAUAUAUAAUAAUAAUCUCUCAAAGCCAAAGAAGAUGAAGCUAUCUUUUGUAACUCUUCUUCUUGUGUGCCUUGUGCUCACCUCUUCUUUCUUUGAAGCCUCAAUGGCUCGUCCAGCAGUUUUGUGUGGGGCAAAGUGUGCAAGGAGGUGCUCAAAGGCAGGGAUGAAGGACCGGUGUUUGAGAUUCUGUGGGAUAUGUUGCAGCAAAUGCAAGUGUGUACCUUCAGGAACCUAUGGCAAUAAACAUGAGUGCCCUUGCUAUAGGGACAUGAGGAACUCUAAGGGCAAACCUAAGUGCCCUUAAUUCAAUUCAUUCUUUCUUAUUAUACCAUCUUUCGUUUCUAGUUUUUUAUUCUUAAAUUAUAGAUCCAUAUUAAUUUCAAGAGUUUAAACUAGAAACUUAAUAUGUUAUAAUUAAUAAGAUAUGCAUGUUAUUAUUCCAUUAAGGACCCUUAUUAUUAGCAUAUUAAAUUUAUUUUUCCUUUAUUUUAUUUAUGAAAUUAUGAUGUGUAUUAUUAUUAUCAGUGAUGUUUAAUUUUUGGGUAUAUUUGUGUAUUUUGUAUAGACGUGGUAUGUAUGAUGAGAAUGGGAAUAAAUGUGGGUCCUAUAUAUUUUGGUGGUGUGUAUGCAUGUGAAUUAUUAUUAAUUAUUAUUUUGUCUUAUUAUUUGGCUUUGUUUAGUUAAUAAAGGUAAUUAUUUUAUAAGAAAUUUUACUUAAAUUUUUAUCUCUCUUUUUGUUACAAUAUUUCUUUUAUUUUCCUUUGUCCGUAUCUACUAAGAGUUUAUUAUGAGAUAGAAAUUCUUGGGUUAGAAUUUAUAGAAGAAAAAGUAAGUGGUCCAAUUAGUGAAGCAUGUGGGAGCAAACUAAUAAUAAUUAAUAAUGCUUUGUUCGUACUUGGUAAAUGAAAGAGGAUCCAGAUUUAU